CUGGUUUGAUAUCAUUCAGAACAGUUGUUUAUGAGUCAAAGUGUUGAGCCUGUGUUGCUUCUGAGUGAGACCACAUGUCGCUGCUCCUCACCCGUCAGAAGCGCCCUGACCCCGCCACUAUAUCUCUCUGACCCCGACACCGAUAUACACCCGGCCGGGCGGAACCGACCCGAACUGUUUGUCCGGCCUCAGUAAACCUGCUGGGUUACACUUUUGGACCUGGAUGGUAAAAUAGGAGGAGCGUUGUCAAUGAUUUUGGAGCGGCACCUCCCUGACCCCAUUGUGCUGCGGAACAAAAGCGAGGUGCUCGCUGGAAGCGGCAUCCGUCCACAGCGGCCGAACCGAGCCGUGAUUGACAGCUGCAAGGAACCUGUCCAGCCUCAGCCCGCCGAGACAAGGCAUCCCCAAGGAGAAGAUGACCGAGGACGGUGCGCUGUCGCGGGCCAAAGUGCUGACCAUCGACACCAUGAACCCCGCGGUGAGGAAGGUGGAGUACGCGGUGCGGGGGCCCAUCGUGCAGCGGGCGGUGGAGCUGGAGAGGGAGCUGUCGGAGGGGGUGAAGAAGCCCUUCUCUGAGGUCAUCAAAGCCAACAUCGGGGACGCGCACGCCAUGGGCCAGCAGCCAAUCACCUUCUUCCGACAGGUGAUGGCGCUCUGCUCGUACCCAGAGCUGCUCAACGACGACUCAUUCCCUGAAGAUGCUAAAGGCCGGGCGCGGCGGAUCCUGCAGUCGUGUGGCGGGAACAGCAUGGGGGCCUACAGUGCCAGCCAAGGUCUGGACUCUGUCCGGCGGGAUGUGGCUCGCUACAUAGAGCGACGGGACGGCGGCGUUCACUGCAACCCGGACAACGUUUACCUGACCACGGGAGCCAGUGACGGCAUCGUGACCAUGCUGAAGCUGCUGGUGUGUGGCGAGGGAGCCAGCCGCAGCGGCGUCAUGAUCUCCAUCCCUCAGUACCCGCUGUACUCGGCAGCUCUGGCUGAACUGGACGCCGUGCAGAUCAAUUACUACCUGAACGAGGAGCGGUGCUGGAGCCUGGACAUCAGCGAGCUGCAGCGAGCUUUGGACCAGGCCAGAGGUCACUGCAACCCUCGGGCGCUGUGCAUCAUCAACCCUGGCAACCCCACUGGUCAGGUCCAGAGCAGACAGUGCAUCGAGGAUGUGAUUCGAUUUGCGGCGAAGGAGCGUCUCUUCCUGAUGGCCGACGAGGUCUACCAGGACAACGUGUACGCAGAGGGCUGCCACUUCCAUUCCUUCAAGAAGGUGCUGUUUGAAAUGGGGCCCGAGUACUCGAACACCGUGGAGCUGGCGUCCUUCCACUCCACCUCCAAGUGCUACAUGGGCGAGUGUGGCUUCCGCGGGGGCUACAUGGAGGUCAUCAACAUGGACGAGGAGGUGAAGGCGCAGCUUUCCAAACUGGUGUCAGUGCGGCUGUGUCCGCCUGUUCCCGGCCAGGCGCUCAUGGACCUGGUGGUCAACCCUCCUCAGCCGGGAGAGCCCUCCUACCCCCAGUUCAUCAAGGAGCGGACGGCCACCCUGAGCGCUCUGGCAGAGAAGGCCAAACUGACAGAGCAGGUCCUCAACACGGUCCCGGGCAUCAGGUGCAACCCAGUCCAGGGCGCCAUGUACUCCUUCCCUCGCAUCACCAUCCCGGAGAGAGCUGUCAGAGAGGCACAGGAGAAAGGCCAGCAGCCCGACAUGUUCUACUGCAUGAGGAUGUUGGAGGAAACUGGGAUCUGCCUGGUUCCUGGAAGCGGGUUUGGUCAGAAAGACGGAACCUUCCACUUCAGGAUGACCAUCCUGCCUCCCGCGGACAAGCUGAGGAUCCUCCUGAACAAAGUCAAGGAGUUCCACCAGAGGUUCACGCAGCAGUACUCCUGAACCCUCAUUCCACUCGCAUGUGACUGUGACUCAGUGCCUUCACGCAGACCCUGCCGGCCUCUGCUGGACAUUUGUGUGCAGGACGUGGAGGUGACAUUGGUUUAGACAUGUGGAUGGAUGGAUGGAUGGAUGGAUGAUGGAUGGAUGGAUGGAUGGAUGGACAGCAGGUUAGAGAAGCAGCGGUGAGUAUGACGUCUGUGUGCCGAGCUUGAAAACACCAUGUGAAAGAUUUGCAUUCCUGCAGCUGAUACUUGACAGGGACGACGUGCAGAAGAGUCCCGCUGUGAUUUCUAAUGUUUUGUAGAUGAAAACAUGGUUAUUUAUACCUCAUUGUCGGUGAUGAAGACGAAUAAAGGUGUUGAAAGGAA